AUUUAUCUACAGAAAGUUGAAAAUGGAGAUCUAAACUGGAUUGUUCCAAAGAAAUUUAUUGCAUUUUGUGGUCCUCAUUCUAAAAACAAAAUCGAAAAUGGAUACCCAUUACAUUCUCCAGAGUCGUAUUUUCCAUACUUCCACAAGAACAAUGUUACAACCAUUAUCAGGCUCAACAAAAAGAAUUAUGAUGCUCGGAGAUUUUCAGAAAAUGGAUUUGAUCAUAAAGAUCUUUUCUUUGUUGAUGGCAGCACUCCAAGUGAUGGGAUCAUGCGAGCAUUCAUAGAAAUUGCAGAAAAUGCUAAAGGUGCAUUGGCAGUUCAUUGUAAAGCUGGCCUGGGUAGGACAGGAACAUUAAUAGGUUGUUAUAUCAUGAAGCACUAUCGUUUCACAGCAGCAGAAGCCAUUGCUUGGAUACGAAUAUGUCGACCAGGAUCCAUCAUUGGUCAACAGCAGCACUGGCUAGAAGAAAAACAAGCAUACCUGUGGCUUCGGGGUGACAUCUGUCAAGCUCACAAGACAAAUAACAAUAGCAACAGUAAAGUAAAAAAAGAUGUGGAGAAAGAAAUAUUUCUUUCAAACAACAACGUGACAAGUGAUGUAGAAGACAAGAAAGCUGAAGAAAUCAAAAUUUCAAAAUCUGCCAGUAAAGGCAAUGUGAAUGUGAACCGUAUCUUCAGUAAACUUCAUCUGGAAGAAACUAAGGAACAAAAACCUUUCAAGUCUAAGGAAACUGAAGAGACAUGUAAAAACAAGGUUCUUGAUAAAAAUGAAAAAGACCAGGGCAAUAAUAACACUGGAAAAUCCAUUACCCAAGGAGAUAAGCUCAACCUCAUCAAAGUUCAGCGCCAUCAUCCCCGCUCUGUCACUACUGGAGCUGUUUACUUAGAAGAACUAAGAUAUCACAGACGUACAAACUCUCAGCCCUUUAAGCCACUCCUAUCAGAAACAGUCGCAGCUCAGCCCACUUGCAUGUCACCAUUGAAGUCCUUAAGAGUAGCUACUGGUCAUCAAGGAAACAGACGUAAUUCCAGUGUGAACAAUGAUGAAGUCGUUAAUACCUUUACGUUUUGUCACUAUGCUCACCACAUUUCUCCCUCUGGAUCGCAUGGAAAAAGACGCUCGUGGCGUCACCUAGUAGUACCAAUUCAAAGGAUUGUGAACCAGAAGGGUUGUGAGAGACAACUAUAUCUUUCUUCAACUGUGGAUUCUAGCAGCUGCUUGACUUUUUCUAACAAUGUGAAGAACACUUCAUCACAAACCUCCAAGACAGUUGUGCCAAGAUGACGGUUAGAGCAGUCCAUGAGUAAACAGCUUUCUCCUCGGUCAAAUUUUCAAACAUGUACCUUUUCACACUCAUGCUGUUAUCAGUCAGUCUCAUCUUCUUUCUACUGUCAGUCAAAUGAUAGCACAAGUAGCACCUCUCAGUCAUGUAAACACCAGCCAGUUCCUAAAAGAUUAUCUUCAAAAUCAGCUCCACUAGCUGCAAGUAAGAGAGAGUCUGGAAGCAGUUCUGAUAUUAUCAAGGUUAAUAGCAAAUGUAGGAUAUCCAUUAGGUCUAAUAAUAACAGUCCUGAGGAAGCUGUUAAAACCAAAAUUCGUUCCUCUGGUAAGCCCAAGAGAAAGAUGUUACAUUCAAAUGUGACAUCGUCUGUUAAAGUCACAAAACGUAAGGAAAAGAAAUGCCUGAAAAACCAGCACAAACAUUAAAUUUGUGUCUUUAAUUCAGUAAAUUUUAAUAAAAAUAUACUUUUAUUUAAUAGAGGUGGUUGU